AUGGCAUUUUUGAAGAAAAAGCGAUUGAAAUUCAACGUCAAUUUACAGUUGGUACAGUUGAGCGACGUUCCUCUUGUUAAUGCAAUUUUGUUUGCUAAGGUCCGGUUACUAAGUGGGGGAAAUUUUGAGGAUGUUACAGAGCGCGUCGAAGUUGCCAACCAUGCUGCUGUGUGGAACCAGUCUUUUACUUUUCUCUGUAGAAUUGGCUGUGAUCCAGAAACUGGUGUUCUAGAAAAGUGCGAGUGCAGAAUUUCGUUGCGAAAGGAGCAAAGAGGAGGUAAAUCAUGCCAGAAAGUGGGAUUUGUUGAUGUUAAUCUGUCGCAGUUCGCGGAUUCUGGAGUGGAGAGUAUUGCAAAGUCUUAUCUCCUUGAUGGAUACGGAAUGAAUCAAAGACAAGAUAAUUCUCGUGUUUUUAUCAAGGUGACCAUGAGUCAUCUUAAUGCUGACCCAAUUUUCAAAGUGUAA